GUGAUCGGGCUCGGCUCAUGAGACCGACGUCAGUAGCGUAGAUAGUGAGCGAUGUACAAAACAGCAAGGCUAUGUAGUAGUGGUUUGUCAUGGAAAGAAUUUGGUAAAAAAUUAAACAGGUCGCAAUGCCGAUCUCGAAUUCUGUGUCAAGUGAAUCUGUUUAAUCGCUCUUUGUCGACAGAGUCGGCCCAAAAAACUUUAUCCUCGAAAAACAACGAUCAACAACAUUCGAACAACGAGAGAGAAUUCGACAGCACUGGAUAUGCGGUGACCACAAAGCUUUGUUUUGCAUUAGGAAUAACAGGGAGUGUAAUAUGGCUGUUGAACAGAAAAAGAAAUAUUGUACAUGCAGCCCAAUCAGAAUCCGCUGGAAGCCUAAAGAAAGGGCUCCCUACCUACUCUCUAGAGGAGGUCGCUAAACACAACAAGAAGGAAAAUAGAAUAUGGGUUACAUACAAAAAUGGAGUAUAUGACAUCACAGACUAUGUGUCUAAUCAUCCAGGAGGGUCCAGAAUUUUACUGGCUGCAGGUUCUUCUAUUGAACCUUACUGGGAAAUGUAUGCAGCCCAUAAGCAGGAAGAGAUUUAUGAGAUGCUUGAGGAGUUAAGAAUUGGCAACAUUACUGAAAAAUCAAAAGACGAGCAAAAGGAUAGCAGUGAUCCAUAUGCCAAUGACCCAAAACGACAUAUUGCACUCAAGCCUAGCUCCAGUAAGCCAUUCAAUGCUGAACCUCCUCUCUCACUUCUCAGGCACAGCUACCUGACACCCAAUGAUUUGUUCUUUGUAAGAAACCACCUUCCUGUCCCAGUCAUAGAUCCAAAGAAAUACCAGCUGACAGUUACCAAAGUUGGCUCUACGAAACAAGUAAACCUCAGUUUAGAAGACUUGAAGAGAAAAUUCAACAAGAAGUCUGUAGUCUCCAUAGUUCAAUGUGCAGGCAAUCGAAGGAGUGAAAUGGUGACUAUCAAACCGGUUAAAGGUCUCAACUGGGGAGCUGCUGCCAUCAGUAAUGCUAGCUGGGCAGGUGCUUGUUUGGAUGAUGUCUUGAAAAGGACAGGCAUUGAUAUUGAAACAGUGGACGCUAAGCACAUCAUAUUUGAUGGUGCUGAUGCUGAUCCCACUGGACAUAAUUAUGGGGCAUCCAUUCCUAUUGAAAUGGCUAGAUUGUUGAAGAAAGACAUUAUCCUAGCUUAUGAGAUGAAUGGUAAGGACAUCCCACAAGAUCAUGGUUAUCCUGUUAGGGUUAUCAUUCCUGGUGUUGUAGGAGCGCGGCAGGUCAAAUGGCUGAACAAAAUUACCUUGAGCGAUAAAGAGAGUACCUGCCAUUGGCAGCAAAAAGAUUACAAAGGAUUUCAUUCCUCGAUUGAUUGGCAUAAUGUAGAUUUCACCUCUGUCCCUCCUAUUUAUGAACUCCCUGUCCAGUCCGUUAUCUGUGAGCCCGAAGCUGGCUCUGUUCUAGAGGAUGACGAGGAGGUGACGGUCAAAGGUUACGCCUGGAGCGGAGGUGGGCGAGGCAUCGUCAGAGUCGACCUGUCAGCCGAUGGAGGGAAAACCUGGCACUCGGCAGAGUUAUCUCCCACUGAACAACCCCUGUACAAGACCUAUGCCUGGACGUUCUGGGAGGGAACGAUUCCCCUCCCCAAGGAUCACAAGGGUGAGGUUGAGAUUGUCUGUAAGGCAGCAGACACCGCCUACAACGUACAGCCUGAUAACGUGGAGGGGAUCUGGAAUUUGAGAGGUGUGCUGAGUAAUGCUUGGCAUAGGGUGCCUGUCAAAGUACCAAAGUCUUAGAGCAGCCUUAAUCAUUCCUUAACACAAUAUUAUAAAAAGGUAACUAUUGUAGAAAGUACCAAAGUCCAUGAAUAUUUGUUAUUACACCUCAGCCUAGUCAGGUUGUCAUAUUUACCAAUACUUGUAUAUUGUGAAAAUACCAAUGUCUUAAAAAAUCAAUUUAAUACAUGUACAUGUACCUCAAUUGGGUUAUUAUUGUGUUGUUAUUGCUGCAUAAUUUUAAAGUGAAGUGUGAUGCAGUAUAUUGAAGAAGUGUAUAAAAAGAAUGGAUCAUGGGAUUUUUUAGUGAAACAAAUUUUUGUUUUUGUUGACUUGUUUGCUCAUGGAGGAUCUAACUGUAGGCUGUAUUUUCCUUGUACUGUAAUUGUUUUCAGAGAACAGAGAUUUUCUGCGUCUUCUGUCCUUCAGUGACAAUAUAAAUCACAGUUGUGUGACAGAGGCCAUUAGUUGUCAGGUCUUACCUGACCGAACACCUCGCAGGUCACAUCAUUUGUUUCCUUUUCUCUAGACACCUUUUCAGAAAACUGAACUAUUUUGUCUACAGUGUGUAUUGUUGACAGAUGAAUGACGUAGCAUUAUACAUGUACUUUGAAGUGUCUUGCAGAUAAAUUGGCUGUUUCAGUAUUAAGUGUUGCCAAAUUAUUAUGUCCUAAGGCAAAAAAAAAUCAUUUUCUGACUGUUUUUACAAUGAAUGUAUAAUUAUUAUUGUACAUAAGAAUAUAUAUUCUUUUAGAAAGAUUCUUUUUGAUAUAGAUUCUGUUUAAAUCAAUGCACGAAGGAGCAAUGGUUUAUAGCUGUUUACUGCUCAAACAGCAAUGAUGUUAGGAAAAUCAUUAGAAAAUGAUGAUUAAAAAGGAUGUGUUGCUUUGUUUCCAUGGAUAUGUUUGAAAUCAAGUAUUUUAAUUUGACCAGUACACAACCGAAGCUGAUUUGUACAAGUAAAAAGUAAUCUUCAAAAUGUCAUGUCUUGCUAACAAUGCUUAUAAUUUGAAUUAUGAGAUGAAAAAGAAGGGGUAUCGUUUAUGUAUGAUUAUUAGUAGAAAUUUAGGAACAUAAUUAUGAUAAGAUAGAAUCUUCUGUAUAGGCAGAUGUGCCAUAUUCUUUGUUGUUGUAUGAAUGUUCUGCUGAAAUUUAUCGGGUGGCAUUUUUUGGUGUUUUGAACAUGGGUGAACAAAGAGUCAUAAAUGUCUUAUCUUAUAUUUUCACACUUGAAAGUGUAAUUGUUGUCGGUCUGGGUAAUGUGCUGUCAGUGAUUUUAGUCGAAAAUAAAAUAUUCAUGUAUUUUCUUAAUAAAGUAUUUAUGAAAUA